AUGGAGUUGGUUUAAGGUUUCCCUUUAGGGGUCAAACGAUCAAACCCUGACUCAUGCAAGAGGAGGGGUGGUCCCUGCUUCCAAAGCCAGUGGCAGUGACCGGCCCUCACCAAGCAACCGCCCACUGGUUUGAAACCGCUCGCCUAGUAUAGAACUUGUAGGUUCCACACUCAUAGCCUAUUUGGGUCAAUCUAGCAAAGCCAAAUGUUAACAUAAAAGAAAAUUUUGACCCAUCUCCCCCUUUUUUUAUGUUUUGUUUAUUUAACAAUGAACUUGGGAUUAGUGAUUCCAAGGACCAUGUUCUGUCAGUGACCAAAAAAAGAAAAAAGCUAACAUAAACACAAACAAUUUGGACAAAGCAAACGACACCCUUGCUUUUGUAAUUUGUAAUUGCUAAUUUCCCAGGCAUUAACGAAUAUAUCCCUUCCCACAAUCACAUUUAAAAUCUUUAUUGAUUGAACAUAUAAGAGACAUUUUAUUUUAAGGAUAGUUCAGUAUCUGAGUUCUAACAGGAAACGACUUUCUUUCAUGUUUUUAAAACAGAAACCAUUUUCUGGAUGAUGCUUUGUGUUUACAGCAAGAAAGAUACACAGAGAGACAAGUAUUGGAGCAAGUGAAGAGAUUAGAGGACCCUACUGCUUAAUUUUUGGCGGGCAGCAACGGUCACUUUCAAUGAUUUCUCUUUGGUGAUUCUUUUUUUCUCUCAAUGACCCAACUAAGCCUUAUUGCUAGAUAGCUUAGCUAGAGAAAGAGGACCUUAUUCUCCUUCCAUAGAGAGAAAAAAAAGAAAAAUUCUUUCCUCUUCUUCCAAUUGUCUACCUUGCGGUGUCUUCUUAGGUGGUUGGGCUGAAAGGGAAAUUUGCAGAUCUCAUUCAUAUGAAGAGAUCUUUCAGUGACAGUGUGAUUCAUCUACAUUCUUUUGUACACGUUACAAAAUUUGAUUUAAGGCAACGGCUGGGAUCUAAAUGAGCAAGAGUGUUCUUGUUUUUUAGCUUUCAUGGAGUGUUGUAGGCAACUAGUUGUGCUGGUGGAUGUGCUACUGGUACUUGCAUUUUGCGGUCAUAUUGCAUGGACUGUCAAGGCCAGCUCACAAUGCAAACGGGCUCUUUCACGGGAGAUUCGGCCUCACAGUGUCGCUAUUACCGAAUUUGGUGCAGUCGGAGAUGGUGUCACUCUCAAUACCAAAGCAUUUCAGAAUGCCAUCUUCUACCUCAAUUCAUUUUCUGACAAAGGUGGGGCCAAGCUUUUUGUCCCAGCUGGCCGGUGGUUGACAGGAAGCUUUGAUCUCAUCAGUCACCUAACUUUGUGGUUAGAUAAGGAUGCAGUGAUUCUUGGAUCAAAUAAUCCUGAUGAUUGGCCAGUUGUUGAUCCUCUGCCUUCCUAUGGCCGAGGUGUGGAGUUACCUGGUGGAAGGCAUCGAAGCCUUAUAUAUGGUCGCAAUUUGACUGAUGUAAUCAUAACAGGAGAUAAUGGAACUAUUGAUGGACAAGGCAGUGUUUGGUGGAACUGGUUUCAGCGUAAAACUCUGGACUAUACUCGGCCCCAUCUGGUGGAGUUGAUGAACUCAACUGGGGUUGUCAUCUCAAACUUGACUUUCUUGAACUCUCCCUUUUGGACCAUCCACCCAGUCUACUGCAGCCAUGUCAUAGUCCAGAAUGUCACAAUCCUGGCCCCUCUGGAUUCACCAAACACCGAUGGAAUCAAUCCAGAUUCUUCGAAUGAUGUUUGCAUCGAAGACUGUUAUAUUAGCACUGGUGAUGAUCUAAUUGCCAUUAAAAGUGGGUGGGAUGAGUAUGGCAUUUCAUUUGCUCGCCCCAGCACAAAUAUUAUAAUCCGCCGGCUUAUUGGACACAAUCGAAAUGGCUCUGGGAUAGCAAUUGGAAGUGAAAUGUCAGGAGGUGUUUCAGAAGUUUAUGCAGAAAACCUGUAUUUUUUUUAUUCAAGCACGGCUAUCACUAUAAAGACUGCUCGUGGAAGGGGUGGAUAUGUGAGAAAUAUCUAUAUAUUAAAUGUUACCUUGGUUGGUGUAGACACAGCUAUAAGGUUCGAUAGUACUUUCUCUCCGCAUCCGGAUGACUUUUACGAUCCAAAUGCUCUCCCUGUGAUAGAAAGGAUUACAAUUAAAGAUGUCAUCGGAAAUAACAUAAAAGUUGCAGGCCUCCUCAAAGGCAUAGAAGGGGACACUUUUCAUCAUGUUUGCUUAUUAAACAUUGCUUUGACUGUAACCUCAGGGUCUCCAUGGAACUGCUCACAUAUUCAAGGAUACUCUGCCAUGGUUUCCCCAGAAACUUGUGAACCUCUCAAGGAAAGUAUCUACCCCAACCAUUCUUCAGAUUGUUACCAUCUGUCCAAUCAUUUGCGGAGUUCAGUGGGAAUUUUGAUUCUUGCCAUUUCCCAAGCACAACAGCAGCCUCAUCACCAAUGAUGCCUGACAUUAAGGAGUUGAUUUGAGUAGCCGUAUAUGUGGUUGUUGACUUGUGAGAAGAUGUUUUUGAGAGUUUUAUUUUAUUUUAUUUUUUGUAAUUUUGUGUGCAGUAACAAAUAAUUGAGUGAUUUGUCAGAAAAAUGAAAAUAGAGGAGUUUGUAUUUGAAAGGCUUUCUUUUUUCUCUUUUUUAUGGUUUGUUAUAGCCGGAAAUGCCAACAGAUUAAAUCUGGGCAUGUUACCUAGAGAAAAUGUUAUUUGAAAGCUAAAUGAAAAAUAGACACACACAAAAGUUUUACCCAGGCGGCCUAA